AUGGAUCUGUUUACCAAUCGAGAUAAUUGGCAAGAUAAAUUAGCCAAUAGAUUUGAAUGUGAAAGAGAUAAUGUUAAUUCCAAUAAUGACGAUCUUGAUUACACUUGUCAUAAGUUACAACAGCUUUUGGUAAAAGAAACCAAAAUUAAGUGGGAAAUAUUUACCAUGACCAAAUAUUUGGAAAACAAUAUUACACCUAGGGGUUUGAGGUUUUUUAAAACUCCCACAUUCGAUAGAGACGACUCAGAAUUUAUAGAAAUUUGGGAUGCAGCCCUUGAAUCUUUCUCUGUGAGAAUGAUGAAAAUCUGUAUUCAACAGAGAAAAAGAAAUUUAUUAAAAUUAGAUACAGAAAUAAAUCAGAUUAAAGAAAAAUUGAGACCUCUAACAGGGUGUGAAGAGGUAGAAAAAUCUCUAGAGACAGUUAAAGAUUUUGUGGAAAAAGUCGAACAAGAGACAGUAGCUAUCAAAAAGAAAAAAUUUCUGAGAGAUAAGAAUGAUUACGCUUUUAAUCGA